CAGUCGUUGCGGGAGGAUGUAUCGCGUUCGGUCUGGUAAAAUCUAAAGAAAAUUGUAUUUCCCGAUAAAUUCCGAAAUGUAAAAUAGUUACUUUACAAAGCAAAUAAUAUUAAAGCCCUUGAAGCUGUCGAAACAAAGGAAACAGCAUGUAGAAAUAGAACGAAACGACACUGACGGUACCGCGUUUGUGCUGCCACGAUUCACUCUGUUUGUGAAAAUGUUGUUUUGAUUGUGAAUCCCCCCCCGUUGUUUUGUGUUUGGUUAAAAUGUAUACUUUCUUUAGUUAGCACUUUUUCCGUGUUGUUGUUUCUGGACGGAUUAUGAUUUUAAUCAGUGAAAAGUAAUCCCUCACAAACAACAAGUGUGUGUGUGUGUGCGCGCGGUCGAUGUGCGAGGUCAGCAAGAUUUUCGUCGUACGGUGUUGUUGUGUAUGUGUGUUCCGUCCGUGAGCGGCAACACAUGUUAAUGUUUUUAUGAAAUUGUACAUUUUAUGUGCAGUUUUAUGCUCGCCGUUAAGUGCAGCAAAGUGCUCUGCCUGUGUGGAAGUUAUUGUUCUGUAAAGUUGAUCGUAGCAAACGUGUUGCGAAAGUGAAUGAUUGUGUAGGAAGGCACGUCGUUCGCCGUCUGUUGGAAAAAGUGAGUAGCAAAAAGCUACAGUAAGUGCAGUGUGUCUGUGUGUGUCAAAAUGAAUGAUUCAGGCGGUAGAACCUCGAGGUAUCUCCUCACCGGGAUGCGUCGUGAGGUGGUGGGAAGCUUAUGCUGCUUCCUUCUCAUCAUAAAUCAGGCAGCAACACAGCUAAUAAUCAACGUACAAAAUCAGGGAGGCGAAAUCGUGCAGGAGACAAUAACGUCCAGUGUUGGCGAUGAAACAUGCACACUAGAGUUCCAGCGGAGUGAUGGAACGCUUAUAACAGAGCUGAUUGACUUCAAAAGUGAAGUACAGGUGCUGAAAGCGCUCGUGCUCGGCGAGGAGGAACGGGGCCAAAGCCAGUAUCAGGUGAUGUGCUUCGUGACCAAAUUCCAGAAAGGAGAUUUCAUCACUGCCGAUGCGAUGGUAAAACUACGACAGAAAAAUCCCAGCACGAUCCGAACGCCGGAAGAAGACCGAGGGAAGGAGAACUACACGAUGACCGGCUGGGUGCUGCUGGACCGUGCCACGCCAAUUUCGCGUCACGUGGCACCGUUCUGCGUGGAGGCGCAGGAGGCCACGUACGUGCGCGAAGCUGACCUGCGGGCGUGGGCCGAACUACCAGGAUCAUCGAUUUCGAUACUGGAGUCGGCGGUGAAGCUGUUCCCGUCGGCCAACACCGUUACGGCACCGUCGCGGUGCAGCGACGUCAGCGCCAUCUGGGCACCGUGCCUCUGCACGCUCGAGAUGUGCAUCGGCUGGUACCCGUGCGGGCUGAAGUACUGCAAGGGCAAGCCGGAAAGCGCACUGCAGAACAACGGGGGCAGCUACCGGUGCGGGAUCAAAACGUGUCGCAAGUGCCACCAGUACACGUACUACGUGCGCGAGAAGCAGCAGUGUUUGUGGGACGAAUGACCGAAAAUGGGCCAUCGGUGCCCUCAGCAGCAAUCUUUAGCAGUGGGAGUGGUAGUGGGAGCAGUGGCAACGACAACAACAUUCGAUACAUCAGAACAUCCGUCUGACGAGCAGGACCGUGUAGAACGGGUCAGCAUUGCCGGAAGCAGCAGCAGCAGCAAACACUUACAGACACGUCCGGGAUGGAGCAAAACACGCAAACCAGAGCACUACAGUGCAAUCGAUUACGGUAAUCGCCACCGAUAUCGGGCAGCUCGGACGGAACAGCAACAGCAACGGUUUGCGGCCGAUUACACCAACCCUCCAGGGCAGCAACAGCACCAGCAGCAGCAGAACAGCCCAUCGUCGUCCUGGUGGGUGUCGUCGCUAUCGGACCUGCUGCUAAUCGGGACGCUGCUACCGAGGGCGGUGCAGUGGACCGGCAGCAAAAAGCAGCACAAUAGUGCCACUGUACCGGCGGCGACCAUUAGCGACAGUAGCGAACGGCGGGCGCUCUCGGUAGUGGUACCUGCAUGCCGGGCCCAACACGAAUCAGAUGAUCGGUGGAGCGUGCAGCACAAAUCACUAUCACCAUCACCAGCAGCAGCAACAGCGUUCAGGUGUGCCGUUGUGGUGGGCAAUGCACCGCCGCCAACCGAAACAAUCGGUGAAUUUAAUUUUACUCAACCAAUAUCACCACCACCAACAACUCCAUUGCCAGCAACAGUGCCAUCGAGAGGGACGGAGAAGGUGACAGGCAGCACCAGAUACCACCAACCGUUUGUAGCCACCACCGCAGAACCACCACCCGCCAACGGUUUGCUGUUGAACGAAAUUAUUUUAUAGCACAAAAAUAGGUUUAAUCAGAAGGACACAUCCCCUUUUUAAGGGCCUACGUUUCGUGUGGUUUGUUAGGCAGAGAAGCCUUCUUUUUUGUCUCUGGUACCUGUCCCUGUCGCACACUGACGGGAACAGAGCAGCAAUUUCCUAAUUCUGUAAUCUGUUCCGCACGACGGCGGUUGUUUUCCCCUUAGGUGCGGAUUUUAUGACCAGCCGUAAAGCGGUCGGAUAGGAUUUCAAGUGUCAAAUGCUGAGCAAGUGGUAAUACGACACGGAUGCUCGUUUGUGUGGCGAGGAAAAAGAAAAAAAAACGUAGUUUCGGUGACCAUUCGGCAGCUACAAGGCUAUGAAUUACAUCUUUCGGAAAAACAAUCUUCAAGCAUUUUAGGGGCUUCAGGUCAGCACACUGGAUGAAUCCAGUAAAAUCGAAGAGUCCUAAACCAUCAGUGAGUUCCAUGCCACCCGUAUCCCGCUUGCAAUGAUCGAUCUUUCACUGUGAUCACACUUUGUCAUCAUUUUCUUUCUUCAGCGCUUAUCCGUAAGAUAUUCGCUCUUUUUUUUCAAGCUAAAACAGGGCCCCGGUCGCUCUAUAGUUCACAAAAGAUGUGCUAGUUUGUAACUGGAUGAGAAGGAUUUAAAAUAACGCACAUACACUGACGACACAGUGGAAAUGGAUCGGAACCGCAUUACAACAAAAGGCCGCAAAUGCCGCCACAGACAAGCAGCGGAACGAUGUUCGCCACGGAUCGACACGGAACCUUGCGGUGUAUGUGUGUAAAGCUAGAGUUCAUGUGGUAGCGAGAAAAGGAAUGAUGAGGAGAAGGAGGAACGUACCGGACACAGUAUUAAAACACUCAAACGAAAUGGGAAAUGUACGAAGCCAUAAAGAAACCCGUAAAGAACAGACCCACGCCAGGAACGGUGGUUCCUUCUGUGCUUCACGUUGCAAGUUCUAUUCUCUUACAUCUUCUGCUCCGCUUUUUCACUUCACUCGCCUUUUAAAGACCGGCCAACGCCGACGGAUUCGACACAUCCUUGUGCAAGGCGUGUGCGUGGAGGUUGAUUACAUUCCUAUGGGUUGGGCGUGCGGAUUUUGUGUUUUUAUUUCCACCAAAGGUGUGCGGCCACGUUCGUUUGCCUUCCUGUAAGAGAGAUUCUUUAAAUUGUUUGUGUUUUUUUCCUCUCCUUUUCUCUCUAUUUGUCUAUUUCAUCUCUUUUUGGUUUUCAACAACGCGACUCGCGUGUGUCCCUACCUUCUAGGGCGAUGAGUUGAAGCAUUAGCCAUACCACCGAUGAAAUUAUUUCAAAUCCUGCCCGGUACGUAGAAGGUAAAUGGCAACACCUUACGGCCGAGGUCGAUGGUGCCCCCCUGCUCGGGGCAAGGCGGAAAUGGUUUCGCUUUUAUCUACUUUUCCUAAUCUAGCUCGCACUCUCUUGCCAAUUUACUUUCCUUAAUUGUUUCUUUCGGUGUGUCGUGUCCGGGGCAGCGCUUAUCCUUCGGCGGGGGGUGGGGUGAAUGAGAACGCACCACCGUGCUUUGUGAGACCGGAAAGGAAACGCUUUCACGGUUGACGCCUUCCUAUAGCUUGCUCGCCCGUCUCGCUCUGGAUGGUGCGUUUUUGCUUUCACAGUGCUUGCGUGUAACAAACCAACAACAUUCCGUGUUGCUCUGCCUCAAGUUGGAAAAGAAUGAGAAAAUUGCACAAUUUUGUUUACCUUACGGUCUGAAGCAUACUGCCCUUUUCCCCCUCUCCCUCUCUUUCUUUCGUUCACUGACAUUGCGGUUUGUCUAUUGCUAAACGAUUUGUAGAGUGGUGGAGAUAUGAAUAGCAAAACCAUACUUGCCUCGCGAGUUUAUACGCACAAAGCGCCUCACGACGCACACAGCGCUUUGUUUCUUUUUUCUUCGCUUCAACCUAAUUUAUAUUCCAACCGUUAUGAAAACAAAAGUGCACUUACUUUUGAAGCACUUGCGCGUUGCGCUCGCCAUUGCUGUCCUUCCUUGAAGAAUGGGAAGUCAAACACGCUCCGUCAAGAACGCUCCGGCGCGGUUGCUGGGUUGGUCUGUGUUUUGCCUCUCGCCAGGCCAGACCUCACUUUUCCCUCAUCUACUCCGUUUGAGUGGUCAUUCGGUGAAGCUCGAGAACCAUGCCAUGAAAUUACUAUUUCGCUUGAAUUUUCAUAGCAAAUGUUGAUUUGUUUCGUUUACCUUUCGUGUUCGCUGUUCGGCGCUCCUCGCUGGCCAAGGGUGGAAAAAAAUGGUGAAAUUGCUUUCAGUAUUCAUGCGCUCUGUUUUGUGGCUUUUUUUGGCACGAUUCCUGAAGCUUCAACGGGUGAAUUGCAGUUACUGGUGUGUGUGCUUUAUGUCUAGGAAGAAAUGAAGAACACAAAUUGAGUAGCCGGAACCUCAUCACAACGUGAAACGUGCGGUCAAAAUUGCACUUGAAAUUCAUUUCCCUCUUUUGGGAAUUUCCCUCGAACAUGGGAAAUGUAACGAGUUUUUCGCUGGAAUCUUCAUUUCGUUUCCGAUAUCAAUAUUUUGCAUACAAUAAUAACCGCACAUCCUCUCUAUCUGUAACACCGCUUUCGGUAAAUGUAAAUGGCGCAGAAAGCAGAUAAACAAAAACCGUGCGCAUUCCUUGUCCAAAAAUAGAUGAGACCUGCGACCAGGUGUGUGUGUAUUUGUUUGGCGUGGCAAGCACUCAACAGGCAACAAGAGCGUUGUUCGCAAGCAAGCAAGUUUCCCUUCCCAUAUUCCUGCAAAACAAUAAUAUUCCACCAGGUGCGCACGUUUCACCGCCGCGUGACAUCCCAGAGCGAAGGAAAAGAGAUGAAACACAAGCGAGAAACCCUAAAUAGAAAGACUCACCUAGGCGAAUUGUGGACCAUGUGACUGCUUCCGGAAGUGAUUCUCCUUCUCCUCUCGAUAGCGGAAAGCCCGUUCUCCUCACCCACCCCCCACGAAGAAAAUGCUUUCUCCUUCCGUGAUGCCGUUCCGUUUCGGUGACACUUGACAUCGUGUCGCAGCUCUUUGGUGGUAAAGCUUUUCGAGCCCCACCACUCGUGGGCGAGUGGACUCUUCUUUCGCUUUCAAAAGAAAAUGUACUUACGCGUCCGAUGGGGGAGAAGCUGGGAAGAUACAAACAGCCAACCUAUGGCCCAAGCGAGCCAUAAUGAGAAAGGGAGAUGGAAAAGCCCAAAUCAAAAGCUGUCUUUUGCUGCUGCUGCUGCUACUAGUGCUGCAGAAGGAAGCGCAGAGUGCCGUACCAAAACAAAAGGUGAAACAGAAACGCCCCGGCAAAAACACGGGAAACCGCCGUAGAGCAUUCUUGCCAUUGCUGUGUUCCUGUGCCAUUGCCACUCAAAGUUCUGGCAGGAUCUUUGUUUGAAUACAUAAUUUGUUUAUGCAGAAGUAGCAGCAGCAGCAGCAGCAUCAUCGUGGUGAAGAUAGAAGCCAACCAGCGCCAGCCAAGAAACGACACGAGUACUCGUUGCUGUUGGGGGUUUGGGUUCGCCGUAGUAAGUUCAUUUCCUGUGUCUCGUUCCCCUUAUUUCGAUGUCGUCUGCUGGCUGCGUCGUCGUCAUACUGUGACGGGUCCAACUAGGUCCAACCGUUCCACUGCAGCGUCCGAGUUCUGUUUUUUUCUCUCUGCAAACCAGCCUUCUACCUUCUUGAUGUGUACACAUUCCGGGCGAAGCAACUACUCGUUCGACUAUGCUCCCCAUUCCUGGCUAAAUUUGUGUGUGUGUAUACCUGCUUAUUUGUGGUGUUCCCGUUGGCUGGUUGUCGUUAGAAUCGUUUAUGUUUAUUUAUUGCUAUGUGUCUUCUUUGACCGGUUGGUAGAAAAGCGAGAGGAAAACGUGUGUUGGAGGUUCCCGGGGAAAGAGGACACUACAACGAUAGGGCAAGUAAUUUUCGCAUUUGUAAAUACACGUUCGUUCAUUCGCUCUUGCCAGCGUUCAAGCAAA